CGCGUCCAGCAACGCUUUCUCCUCGGGGAGAGCGCAUGCGCACUAUUUGAAAAUGAUGGCCGCGGACGAGGCGCCGCUGACGGAGGAAGACGUUCGAGACAGGGUCAAUCUGAGGCACCAGAAUCUCGCUGAUGUCCGGUCGUUGUCUCUUCCUGGAACUUACCAUGAAAAAAUAACUAAUUUAGGAAAUUCCUUGAAAAAGUUUGUUUGUCUGAAAUCUCUUGACCUUUCACGGAAUGCAUUGACUACAUUGGAGGGUCUUCAACAUCUCACAUCCUUAGAAAAGCUCAAUCUUUAUUUCAAUCACAUUUCCUCAUUGUCAGAAGUGUUUCGACUUCACACCUUAACUGCUCUCAAGGAUGUGGAUCUCAGACUGAAUCCUGUAGUUAAAAAUGAAUCAGAUUAUCGCCUUUUUGUUAUACACAUGUUACCUAAUCUUAGACAGUUGGAUGAUCGUCCUGUGAGAGACAGUGAGCGAAAAGCAUCCCUUUUACAUUUCACUACAGAUGAUGCAUGUAAAUUCAAGAAGUCAGCACUAACAACAAAACGAACUGAAGUUGAAAGAUCUCUCCAUCCAAGAGCUGAAUACAUUAAUGUCAUGUCAAAAAAGUGCUUGGUGAUGGAUGAAGAUGAUGAAGCAGUUCUAAACCUCAUUGCCAAGUGUGAAUGGGAUUUAAACAAGCCUCGAAGAUUAACUGGAUCGUCUCAAACAAAUCCUGAUGUUAAAUUUCAUGAUUUAAAGAGUAUAUACAAAAUCGAAGAUAAUACUGGGAGGCACUGGAAGACAGAACAUUCCCAGCCACAAUUUGUCUUAUUGAAAAAGAAGUGGAAAGAACCUUUGCCCAAGGAUGGUUUGUUAGAAAACAGAAACAUGUUGAGUGCCAGAGAAGGCGAUAAAGAAUACAGAAAUCUACCUAAUUCACCAAUAUUGCCAGUUACCUACGGACCCCUUGGUCAAGGCCACGAGAAAAGGAAGAUUGGCGUUAGAGUUGCAUUUCUAGAAGAUAAGCCAAAAGAGCUGCUCAAGACAGAUGCUAAUUUGAAGUUCCAAGAUGAACCUGAAGCCAAUGAAAAAAUUACAAACUAUGCUUGUUUUACACCCCAUCCAGCUCCACCAGGAGUGAGUGAACCCCUUGCUGUUUCUUCGAAGGCAACAAGACAUAAUCAAAUAGCACAUGAACUUGAAGAGCAGAUACAAAGUGACAAAGGUAACAUAACUCAAGGGACAAUACAAGUGACAAAUAAAGUGCCCUAUGACGCAGCAGCCAUGGAGCAUCUUCUAGAUUUGGUUGACAAAUACUGGAAUGGCCGCAAAUCACUUCAUUGUAAUCAUCAAUUUUUAUCUCAGGCAGAAACUGUUUUUUCUGAAGUUCAGAAAUCAGUACCAACAGAGCACCAGAAAAAAUCUCCUUUAGAGGAUCAAAAUCUGAAUAACCUUCUUUUGGAAAAAAAGACCUUAGAAAAGAACCUGUCUCAGCAACAAGAAGACUACAGUGACCAGAUUAACAAUCUCAAGGCAGAUCUUGAUAAUUAUAAAAAAGAGAUGGAAGUACUGAAGCAGCAUUUAGACAAGCUAUUGAAAGAAAAUGCAGCCUUGAAAGUGCAGAAUUCCAUAAUCGAACAGAACAUACAAAAAACAGAUACUGCUACUCCAGAACCAUUACAGAUCUCAAAGCUUGAAAACCAGAACCAGCUCUUAACUGAUGAGAAUGCUAGUUUGAAGGAACGUCUCCAGCACAUUAACAAGAUGCAGGAACUUACAGAGAUGUUACAGGAAAGCCACAGAACAUUGGUUUCUACCAACGAACGUCUUUUAAAAGAACUGGACGAGACACGUUUGAGGCAUAAGGCUGAGGUGGAACAGUUGCGGUGGAACUACAAUCAUCUAAAGAAAACAGGGGAUACACCUCCUAGCAAUGCAUCAAAUGUUAGUAAUAGUAAAUAAUUGGAUUGUAAAUGAUUUAUACAGGGUUAUUACCUGUUAGGUUUAUUUAUCAACAUGAAAAACCAAUCUUCAACACUGUGACCGAUGUCUCUUGUACUAUAGUAUGUUAACUUGGAUCCCGUCUCAAUAAGUAUUAAACUAUUAAAUGGUUUCAAUGUAGGUUUUAAUUAUGGCAAAUUGUAGGCUUGGGUUUUUGCAGAGCUUGAUACAUCACACUCAGGAGGAUUGAAUCUGAUAUGUGGAAGCCAGAUUGGACUUUCAGCAUUGCUACUGAAUUAUGGGUGAUUUCAGCCUAACAUUAAUACUCCAUUUUCUUAAAAUUAACCCUCCAAGUUUUGUAUCUAAGUGGGAUCAAAUUAAUCAUUUCUAGUAUGGUUUUUCCCUCAUCUUAAAAACCUUUUAAAGUAUGAAUCAUGGCAAUCAUUAACCAAGAUGUUGUUGCACAAGUGUAGCUCUGAUAUUUCAGGAAUAAUUAGUGAAUUAUGGCAUCAAGACAUUGAACAUUACAGCAAAUAUUAUGGAAUUUUACAUGUUUAAUCUGACUGUGGAACUUGCCCCUUUCUUAGUCUGUUUAGGAAUCUACCCUCAGAAAGGAUGAGAAAACAUUAUUCCUUUUCAUGUGCUUAAAAGUAAACUGCUCGCUCCUUCUCUGAUCUUGUCUUGAAACACAGGAGCAAGCUCAAAAGUUGGCCAAGAACUUACCUUUGGUGUAAUACAGCCACUUAAAGAUGUAAUAGCUUGUUCAUAUUUUCAUUUAUGUUAGUUUUACGCAGUCAUUCCAAUAAAGUUCCUCUGAGCAUCCUAGCAGACCUGUACUUUUACUGGUUCUGUAACACUGUUUUCUUUGACAUCUGAAUAAAUGCUUCUAUAUUUCAAAACCACUGGCUUCUUGCUAGAACAAUACAGCUAAACCAUGUAGGACUACUUAACAGCAAGUGGAAACUGCAUUAAUCCCUAGAUAUAUUACUGGUGUUGUCAUGCAUUUUUGCUGGACCUAAAACACUGCUUUCUCGUAUAUGCAAUUCAGUAAAAAGAAACUGCAUUUUGUGAAGGACAAAACCAGUCAGUGCAAUAUGAUAUAUCUUUUCUUGAAAUAUGUAACUGGGGACAGAUAAAGACCUAUCUGAAUACGUAUUUUAAAGUUGUUUUUAUCCCUUGCAUCUUACUUUUAAGUGUGUUUUCAUUAUAGACAUUUACCAUGUUGAAAUUAAGAGAUCAUUUGAAAAUUGUAUGUCCUGAAAUGUUUUUUAAAAUAAAAAUGAUUCCCAAAUAGA